UAGGUCAGUCAAUGAAUGUGCAUACAGGCACACAGGAAAAUAAUCAAUGACAGGGUCAUAUGAUGGAGCCCAAAGUGAAGAAGAGUUACUGUAACCUGAAGACUUUCUCGUGUCGGGAAACUUCUGACUGUUACUAAACAUUGACACUGGAUACUCUGUCCAAAAAUGCUAAAUAAAUGUCUCUUUGUGAGUUGUUAGUAGAGAAACAAUAACUUAUGAGAUUUAGUGCAUUAAUAUAAACCUUGUAACUGGAACUACUGACAGAGCUGAUGUUAUAGAAAAUUAAUCAACUUCUUUUGAGAGCUCAGAGCUGAGCGUUCAGCAGUGCUCUAGUGUAAAACAGUUUAACUCAUUACAACCGCCUGAGGUAAAAAAAAAAAAAAAAAUUAAUUAAAAAAAAAAUUUCAUGAUUUUACCACUUGCAAUAAAUGUAGUUAAAUGUAGUUAAAUGAAUAGCUUCACUACUUGUAUCAGAUACAGGCACAUGCAGACUCAGAGUUAUCCCAUUAUUCAAUUAAUAUGAUUGAAUCAUAUUCACAAUUUAAUCGUGUUGAUUAAAUUAUUGCCAUAAUCUUUUUUUUUUCCUUUUUUGCAGGUAUGACAUUACCGUGCACACGUAAAUGCACUCUGUGAUUGCAUACAGGCCUAUGGGGCAGUUGACUGUGUGUAUGUGCGUGUGUGUGAGUCAGUGAAACAGGGGUCAGUAUCAGGGGGCUUGGUUGCAAUGGUGAGCAUAAAUAUUUUACUCUCUUCUCAGAUUUCUCUUUGUUCAUGAAGUUACCAGCUGCCAUGCACUCUAACGAACAUGUGAAAUAAAAUAGGAGGGCAAAGAAUUCAGUGCUUUAGAGUAGUCAGGUACACAGACACUGUUAGUUUACCACAUUAACAAGCAUGCACAGGGAGAAAAUGUGCUCUGCUGCAUUUUAAGUAGCAGUGGAGGACUACCAAAAACUCAUUAAUGGCAAAAGGAUGAGCAUGGGGAAGCAUAAAGACAGCUGAGACGAAAUUAUCAACCAUCUGAAACUACAGAGUGAAGAAAAGCUGACGAAAGGUAUUACAAAACUUAUUUUUGAGGUUGUGUUUUAAAAAUGCACUUUAGCCCAUCCGUAGAAUUUUCUUUUUACUAUGGUUUUACUUUUUCCUGUAUACUCACUAAGUAGUCUAUAAUAGUCUAUAAAUACUCACUAUAGUAUAUAAUUAAUUCAUAGUUCUCCUAAUAGUCUUAUAGUCUUACUAAGUGCAAUGUCCUGUGUGUCAGUAUUUUGUGAGCGUGAGCUCAUUAUGGAAGGAAGGAUGUCACAUUUCAGCAGAGCCUCAAAAGACAAAUGUGAUGGAAAAGAAAGAAAUGAAAGACUAGCACAGAGACAAAAGAGAAAAGGAGCUAAAAAUAUCAGUACUGCCAGAUCUUCAAGCGAGGCUGGUGAGAGGCUUCCUCUUAUUGGCUCUGUAGAGAUCAGGGCAACAGAGAAAUCAGCCAUCACCUCUCUGGCUGGGAAAAGAAAGCGUGCUCAGCCUCCCAUCUCUACUGCCCUCCAGAACAGUUUCAUGGGACCCUGGGAAGGUUCCUCCAACUCUGAGUCUUCUUUUACCAGCAUUCCCCCUCCUCCUCCUCUCCCUUCUCCUCCUUCUCCUCGACCUCCUCCACCGCUCACAUCGUCUGAGAUUUUUCCAAAUCCACCGCAGGCAAUCAGAGACACUAACCCCGGUAGUCAACAAAGUUUUCUCGUGAAGCGACGACUCCUCCAUUUGAGAGGACCCCCCAGACCCCCUCGCUUACCUCCAUUACGCCAAGUUACCAAUCUCAGUUUUUCACGGAGUUUCACGUUCUCUUUUUUCGAGCUGCCAUGGCAUCAGUCAGUGCAAAAUCGAGCAGAUCGACUCAAAGAGCUUGUUGUGUUGCUGAGGAAAAUACAGUACUGACUGAACUGCAUCUCUUUAUCCCUUCAUUAUUACUACUAUAAAAAUGGUCAUAGUUGAUACAGUUAUUAUCAUUAUUAUUUGUUAUUAGUCUAGCUGACCAGUCACUUUAGUUAAAUGUGUUUAAUUGAAUGAGUUUUUAAGCUCAGAAAUUUAAAAACAAGUGUCAAAUUGAAUCUAACAGCAAUUUUAAGAGGCACAGUCUUGUUGAUAAAUACAUCAUGCUUCUAUUUGUAAUGCAGCGUAGCUUGUUUGGAUUUUAUGGAUUGAAAGUUCAGGAAUAAAAAGCCUUCAAUAAAUAAAAUGAUGGUGCAUGUUUGGUUAUAUGAAUAGUUUAGAUUGUGUUCAUAAAAUAUGUCUGUGAUGCUCAUUAGGGGUUCUGUAGCUGUAAGUCUGAGAACCCGUGCUUGAACAUAACCAUUAGAUUUGGGAUAUUAGCAGUGAAAUGACUCCAAUCUUGAAGUUAAUAAGAUGUUUUGAAUUAAGCUGAAUCAUUUUAUAAUCAUUUUAGAUUAGUAGAUAAAGCCACUAAUAUUGGUGUUUUCAUUGGUUAUUUUACUUGAUAAGAUAUUAUUUUAAUGACGUGCUUUGACUAAAGCUAUGAUUAUGAGCUAGUAAACUAUUGACGUAUCCUCAUAUGUCUUGGUAGACCACUCCAAAAUCACAAAGGUCAACCUGCUAUCAAUAUUACCUGGAUGACUAGGAUAUUUUUCUUAUAUUGCCUUCAGUAAUGAGAUUCACUGUGUGUAAUAAUUAACCCUUGUGUUGUGUUUAAGUCACGCUUACAUCUUUGGUGUUCUUGGUCAAAACUGACCAGGCCCCUUGAAACGGUUUAUAAAGCAUUUUUAAAAUAUUCAUUAUCACCUAUUGUUGCAUUACAUAUUUAUUUUAAAUAACCCCAUUUCUAGUCAUUAUCACAACAUUUACAUUCCUUUGUGGAAUUUAUGGUGAACAAGCCUAACUUAGAUUUAAUUAUACUACUCAUUUAUGAGCAAAAUCAGCACUGUUUUAUUUGGGAUACUGUAGACCAGAGACCAGAGAAAAACCUUCACCUGAGUGAUUAUCAAAGACUGGUUGGCUAGACUGCUUUGUCAAAGAUUAAACCAGAUACUUGCUUUUUAAGCAUUACAAAUUUAAUCAGGCUAAAGGUAAAUGAAUAGUGCCAAACAGUGGCGCUAACAACAAAACUUUACAUGUUUUGAAAACUGUAUGGAUUCAAUAACAUUGGAUGCAAAAUGAACAGUGCCGCAGAGUAAAAAAUAAAAUCUGAACAAACAUAAAGAAGACCUAACAAAUAAUAAUUAGUCCCAUUAAUGACUUAAAUACACUUGUACAUCUUUACAGUAUAACUUACAACAGAAAUUUAAUGAUGUACACAGACAGUGGGGUUGAGGUUAGGGCUCUGUGCAGACCACUCGGGUUCUUCCACUCCACUCUUGGCAAGCCAUGUAUUCAUGGCGCUCUCUUUGUGCACAGGGGCAUUGCCAUGCUGGAACAUAUUUAUGGGCCUCAGUUGGAGUGAAGGGAAAUUGUAAUGCUAUGGUAUACAAAGACUUUCUAUACAAUUGUGUAUUUCCAACUUUGUGGCAACAGUUUGGGGAAGAUCCACAUAUGGGUGUGAUGGUCAGGUGUCUACAUACUUUUAUCCAUAUAGUGUAUUUUGUACAUAAUAUUUGGCAAUUAAAUUGAAAAGAAAGACAAUAACAGUACUUCAAUGACACCGCAUGAUCCUUCCUAUUAUGCUUUGCUGUUUAAGUAAAAAGCUGCUUUUAGGUCUUAAAUUUCCACUCAUAUUAAAAUGAGAUUUUAAACAGACUGUGAUGAGCAAUAAUGAAAUACAGCUUAUUUUUAUCUCCAGCAGGUUUUCCUGCUCUCUGAAUGUCCCAGAAUUUUUAAAUACCCCAAAUGAACUGUAGAUUUGGCAUGAUAUUUGAUAAAAUUUUUACUGUUAUUCAGAAGAAAAUAUAGUGCAAAAUGUAUUGAAUAACAAAGACUUCAGUCAGUUGUUUUUCUUCUAAUUAACAAAUCCAAAGCCUGAGGUUUGAUCCUGAGCUCUGGUCCAUGUGGAAUUUUGUAUGUUCUUUCUGUAUGUUGUGUGUAUUUCCUCCACAAUUAUAACUCUUUCCACACUCAUUUAAACUUCACAUUUAUCUUAAUGUUUGUAACUCAGUUCUGUAUGUUUUAGGAUUGGUGUUUUAAUGCAGCAAGUCUACACCCUAUAUUUUAUUUGGGCAAGUGUAAUCAUUUUUUUUUAAGGAGAACCUGAUUGUAUUUCUUUAAUGGAUUUUGCUGGUAUCGUCACUCCAUCUGACAUGCUUACAGACUUCUUACAGUGUAUUUGUAUGCGAUUUGUAAUCAAAAGUUCAAGUCUUGAGCUUGAACAUCACCAACAGGCAAUUAUACACUUAAUAUAUGAUGCCAUGGAACCUCAUCUGCCUUUAACUUUGUUGCUGGCCAUGAGUGUUUAAGUACAACCUGCUUGUACAGAUCUGUGUUCCUCAGAAGGAGGGGUGUCUUUUCACUAAAGAAAAUCUAGAGACAUCGACAAUAGCUCCUUAAAGAGAGGAAUAAUCACACAGAAUGAACUUAUAGUGAAAGAGAACAAGGAAUUGACACUCUUAAUUAAUUAAUAUCUGUGCUCCCAUAGCAGCCGGCAUUCUCAAUGAUCAUAAUAGUAAUAAACUUUAGCAGAUGGAUCAUUUACAGCUGUGAAAUGUUUAUCAGUAAAGGGGAAGGGCAGCUACCUUUUGGAAGUAGUUCAAAAACAUGACCUGUGUAGGGAAUAUAAAUAUGGAUAAUAUCAUCCAGCAUAUUUUCAUAUUUUCCAAAACAUGCUCUCUCUAUGUCCCAGAGUUAUGUUUACCAACUUUAAU